AUGUCCACGGGAGUGGUCAUGCUGGAUGGUCCUUAUAGAGGGUCGAGUGUUGAUCUGGGACUGUACAAAAGCGUAUUUCUUGUAGCUGGUGGGUCUGGCAUCGCAUUCGCUCUUGGUCUGCUGGACAACAUCAUCGGCAGGUGUGUCAAACUAGGCCGCAGUCAGGGGGGACGAACAAGGAUAAUCGAGUUCACCUGGUGCAUUGGAUCUUUUGAUAGAAUAGUUCACCCUAAUGCUACAGAUAUUGCUACAGCAGCGUCUAAUAACCCCAUCGACCUGCAUAUCUCCAUUUUCGUGAUAUGCCUUUGCGAUCCAGAAGCAGUACCUCAUAUCCCUAACUCUAUCAUCACACUCUUGCGUCUGUCUAUUCAGGAUCUUCUCAAGGACUCCAUCAGUCUUCCGUCAUCGUCUGAAAAGGAAGAUUUGAUCGAAAUCCGAUGUGAUGAAAGCCAGAAAAUGAUGGGCUUGGGUGGGGGAGUCGCGGUCUGCGCUAGUGGCUCAGAGCCUCGAGAGCUUGACAAGAGAUGCGAAAAUGGGUUUGAUGAUGGAUAUAUGACAUCUUAUACUGGUGUUUUUCAAGAGCUUACAUUUUGGUUCGCGGUUAUCAACCUAAUGCGUUUUCUGACCCUUGACUGUUGGUGA